AUGAACCCUACGGGGGUGCCAGGUUCUUCACGGGCUGUUUCUUCACAGGCUGUUUCUUCUCGGGGUUCUUCACAGGCUGGUUCUCAACAAGAACUAAUUCUUAUAUCAUCAGAUGAGGAUAUAACAAUUAAAAUGGAAAAAAGCGACACUGCUGUAACUAGCGGUAUUAGUGAAAAAGGUGAAGAAAGCGCUGUAACCAGCGCCACUAAUGAAAAAGAAGAUGAAAGCGCUGGCGUUGUAACCAGCGUCACUAAUGAAAAAGAAGAUGUAAGCGCUGUAACUAGCGCUACUAAUGAAAAAUACAGGGGUACUAAAAAGGCCGUCAAAAAAAAAAUACUAACGAUGGCGACAAAAAUUCCAGAAAAGCCAUCAGCGAUAAAGCAAAGGGAAAAGCCCCAGUCCAAUCAAGUUCAGACGAUUCAAAAGGAAGUUAUUUGGAAUUAUGAUGCGUUACCAGAAGGGAGAAGGAUUGAUUUGGGUCAAACAUUCACUAAUCAGCGAAAUCGCGUUAUUAACGAUAUUAUACCUAGUAUAAUGGAAAAUAUUAAUAAUAAUAUAUUUCCUAUUUCUAACGAAAUUUUAUAUGAUAUAAUUCACUCCCUUCAUCGUCAUCGACGUGAAGAGCACCUUAAAAAGAAUCGGUCAUCGUCAAGAAAAAAACUGCAAGAAAAAAGAAAACAUUCCAAUUCCAUACGCUAUUACGUGAGUAAAUAAAGUUUUGUACAGUGUAUAUAUUUGCUUAAUACUAACUUCUUAUCUAAUACAGAAAAGAUUAAAAAGGGGAAGACUAAUAAAACAUUUACAGAUGGUGAAAAAUUCAUUAGUC